AUGAGCGAGUCAUUAAGUAAACUUGCGGAAAAUUUAUCUGAAGAUAAGUCGAGAUUUAGAGAAACUCUUAAAAUAUUUUCUGCGGAAGCACUAGAUUUAGUUACACGAAAAGGAGUCUUCCCUUAUGAAUAUGUCGAUAAUUGGAGUAAAUUAGAUGAUACUUUUCUACCAUCAAAGCUAGAAUUUUAUAACUCUUUAACAGACGAGAAAAUUAGUGAUGAAGAUUAUAUACAUGCUAAAAAUGUAUGGCAUACAUUUGAUAUAAAGACUUUAGAUCCUGCUCAUUAUAUGACUGCUCCCGGGUUUGCUUUUGACUGUAUGCUGAAGUAUACCAAGGUCAAAUUAUCAAGGUUAAAGGAGUAUAACAUGUUGCUUUUCUUCGAAAAAUCAAUUAGAGGCGGGAUAUGCCAAUCAACCAAAAGAUAUGUUAAGGCAAACAUACCAAAUAUCGAAGGAUUGGACUAUAAUGCAAAUGAACCGAUCACAUGGAUUACAUAUCUCGAUUGUGUGAAUUUGUAUGGGAAGUCUAUGUUAACAGAAUUACCUUUUAAAGAUUUUGAAUGGGUUGACGAUCUCAACAUAGAUGUAACUAAAAUCGCUGAUGAUUCAGAAGUCGGAUAUAUAUUAGAAGUUGAUAUUGAGUAUCCUAAACAUCUACAUAAAUAUCAUAAUGAUUUCCCAUUUUUACCGUUUAACGAAUGUCCACCAAAUUCGAAAGUUGAGAAAUUGUUAACUACUUUAUCACCGAAAAAAAACUAUAUUGUACAUUACAAAAAUUUAAAACAAGCAAUUUCUCACGGUCUUAAAGUAGUAAAAAUUCAUCGAGCUAUCCGUUUUUCCCAAAGUAAAUGGAUGGCAUCAUACAUAAAAUUAUGUACAUCUAUGAGAGUACAAGCUAAAAACGAGUUUGAGAAGGAUUUCUGGAAGUUGCUAAUUAAUAGCGUUUUUGGUAAAUGUAUGGAGAAUGUUCGAGCAAGAACUUCUAUAAAACUGGUUUCUUCAGAACAAAAAGCAAGGAAAUUAAUGGCGAAAACUAGUUUUAAAGACAGAACUAUAUAUUCUAAGAAUCUCAUGGCCAUUCAUCAGCAUAAGGAAACAAUUAAAUUCGACAAGGCAAUUUAUGUAGGAUUUGCAAUUUUAGACGUUUCGAAAACAUUUAUGUAUGACUUCCAUUAUAAUGUAAUGAAGAAAAGAAUGAGCGUCGUCAACAUAAGUAACAGCUGCACCGUCUAUGUCAACCACGGGCAAGACUGCGCUCAGCCCAAGCCCAGAGGUGGCCCGUUGAAAGGGGGCGGUGGUGGUGGUGAUGGCGAUGGCGGUGGCGGUGGAGGUCGCGACCGAACCAAGCCCAGAAGUGGCCCGACUAAAAGAGGCGGUGGUGGUGGUGGUGGUGAUAGCGGUGAGGGUCGCCACCGACCCAAGUCCAGAGGUGGCCCGUCCAAAAGGGGCGGUGGCGGUGGCGGUGGCAGGGGUCGUGAUGGUGGUAGGCGGAGGGGUGGUGAUGGUGGACGGUCUACUGAAAACGGCCUCGCCGCGGCCGAAGAAGGACCUCAAUCAGACCGCUGA